CAUCAGGAGCUGAUUCCUCAGGCUGAGACUCAGAGGAAGAGGAGGGAGGAGGCGGAGCACGCCCUCUCCUCCUCCGCCGCUGCCGCAGAUCCAUGUGACAGUCUGCACCUGAGGAAGGAACCUACCUGUGGAUCGUCGUCUACCAGCAGCACCAUGGGGGUCUCUGCGUCCAGUCUGCUGGAUGAAGCGAAAUCCAGCUACAUCAAAGGCCAGGCUGAGGCCAAGCUGAAGGAGUUCAGUCCAUACUACAGGAAGCAGUUUUCCGUGGCCCGGUUCGCUCAAGUAGAAGAUGACCUGGAACAGAACAAAGAGAAGAUCACACAGCUGCUCAAACAGAGGGAUGUACCGGAGGACGGUGAGGUGCUGUAUCAGGAGGGCGUCCUCUACUUUGAUGACACCAGGAAGUGGAAGGAGAGGUAUGUGGUGGUGAGAGCCAACUACUGCCUGGAGUGCCACGAAAGUCUGGAGACCUUUCUUAAAGGUGUUCCAGCAUUCUACCAGCUUCUGCCUACAGGGGGCAGCGUUCUGACCACAGAGGAGAUGUACAUGGCCAUGGUGGACAAAUGUUUUCCCGGUGACACCAGUGUGAAGGAGGAAUUUGUGCCUCCCUUGUCGGGAAUGUCGGGAGAGUUUCCGGUCUACCUGCGUCUGCCCUACAGGAGAGACUCGUACUUCUGCUUCAGACAGCAGGCCAAACAAGCCGCCUUCCUCUCCAUCCUGUCGGACUGCAUCCGGCACCAGAACCAAGAUUUCUUGAAGAAGAGGACGUGUGACGUUCAGGCCUUCCUCAAAGCCAUCCAGCUCUACAGGCAGGACCAAGGCAACUAUGAAGCCUGGGACAUGCUGGUCGGCAGCGACGUCCGGGUGAUGGCCAACCUGGUGAUGGAGCAGCUGCUGCCGUCUCUGGAGAGCGACAUUCUCCCUCGUCUCAAAGCCAAGAAGACGGAGAGGAAGAGAGUUUGGUUUGCUACGAUGGAGGCGGCGUACAUCCUGGUCCAGGAGCAUCUCCUGGAGGGACUGGGGGCGCUGAAGGAGGAGUGUCGCACCUCUGCCCGGCAGCAGGAAGUUCAGCUCCACUCCGACAUGGACCAGAUCCUCAGCUCCAGACGGCAAUUGGAGGAGAAAGUCCGAGCCAAAGUAACGCAGCCGGCGGAGCAGCUGUGCUCCGAGUCCGUCCAGCCGUACCUGGGCUCGGUCCUGGAGGAGCUGAUGGAACCAGUCAGCUCCGGGUUCCUGGAAGGACGACAGCAGAGUGAGAAGAUGAUGGACCAGGUGUGCCAGGACGUCCUGCAGGGAGGAGACGGGGAGCAGCUGAAGAAGGCGUUGGCCAACAUGGCGAGGCCGAACCUGCUGAGCUGCUACCAGAAGAUCGGCUUGCUGCAGGAGAAGCUGCAGCAUCUGCAGGAGAGAUUCGGCUUCAUCAACAUCACGGGAGUGAUUCACAGUGCUCAGAUCGACCUGCAGCAGCUGAUGGAAAACGCAGCUUUUACCUUCGAGCUGCUGCUCGAUAAAGCCAUGCAGGACAACCCCGACAACGCCGGCCCCGCCAUCGAAAAGGUCAAACACAGAGUCCUGAAGCAAUAUGACUAUGACAGCAGCACAGUGAGGAAGAGGAUCUUCCAGGAUGCUCUGGUCUCCAUCACGCUGCCCUUCAUCAAGAGGAACCUGGCUCCAACCUGCAAGACGGAGCUCCAGGGUCUGGAACAAUCCAUCUACCCCGACCACGCCAACUUCCUCCAUGUUGAAAACAUCUAUGAGAGCAUCCUCCUGCAGAUUCUGGACAAAGAGGUUUCUAAAGUGGUGAAGGAGGCAGCGAGCCUGAAGAAAUACAACCUUUUCACCGACAGCAGAGACCUCCUCAGUCGGUCCAGCCGGUCCAGCCUCUCCUCCCCCACUGUCUCCACCCCCAGCAGCCCUACCCUGGUCUCCCCUGCGAAAACCUCCCUCAAGUCCCACCCUCCAUCUCCUCUAGUAGUCAACGGCCUGCCGCCCAGCACAGCGAUGGAAGAGCAGCAGGAGGAGGAAGAGGAGGCCAUGGUGCAGAGCGAAGCCUCAACAGAUGUAACUCUGAUGGAGACGUCUCUGGGGAAGGGUGGACAGAAAGAGGACGCUGGUCCAGAUGUAGAUCCUGAACCUCCAACUGUUGCAGAGGCAAGUUCUCCCACUGAGACUCACGAGACCAGGAUCCAGGAGGAACUGUUUUCAGUCCAAACAAAGGAAGCUGAGAUGGGGGCGGAGCCUGAAGAGCAGAACAUGGACGCUGAAGUCCCUCCGGCAGAACCAGAACCUCCCACAGAGGAUCCAGAACCUUGUCCCAGUCCCACAGCUGAACAGAGUCCUAAUCGUACAUCUGAGCCAAGUCCUGAUCCCACAGCUGGACCCAGUCCUGAGUGUAAAACUGAGCCAAGUCCGGAUCCUACAGCUGGACCUAGUCCUGAUCCCACAGGUGAACCUGUGAGCCCUCCAUCAGAAGGAAGUGGCUCCAGGGCUGCAGGCAGCACAGAGGACAUGAGACCAUAUGAGAGCUCAGAAGUUGGGCUGGAGGCGCCCUCUAGUGGUGAAGAGGCUGAAGUCCUGAGGCUCAUACAGAAAGCAGAGCAACCGGAGCCAGUCACCACCUCAGACCCCAAUUCUCUGGACGUGUCUGUGGGAAGCGAGUCUGCUCCCUCAGAUCUGGAAUCUUCAGGUGAAGUCUCAACAACCUCUGAUAUCUUGGAGGUUGUCGAGUCGUCCAUGAGCUCAGAUGAGGCUGAGGAGAAAACCCCAGGAGACAGUCUGCCCACUCCGACCCAGAUGGAGGUUCUGAGCGCCGACGCUGGCAUUGUAGAUGACAUUGAAGCUGGAGCCGGUGAGAAUCUGGAGACUUCAGCGGAGUCGGUCCAUGUCAUGACCUCUCUGUCUCCUGUGCUCGCCAACGAGGAGACGUCUCCCGGUCCGGAUGUUCGACCCCUGGACUGCAUCAAGGAGAUCCGUGACCUGGUGGUGGAAGUGAUUGAGGUGGAGGAGGUGCCGCAGCUUUACCCCAAAGCACCUCCAAACGAAGAGUAAAGCGUGGUGCGACGUCGCUGGAGGAGCACCAGAACGCUUAAAGGAACAUUUUUACACAAAUAUGCAUGAAAUGAUAACUUAUUUAUAAAAAUAUCCCAUCACACACCAUGCUGCUUCGCUCCACUCACUGACCUUUACAGAUGGUCCUUGUAUGUCAUAAAGGACGUUUUCUUUGUCCUUGCAGGUAAAUUUAUCCUCAGUUUUUAGCCACCAUUUAGAUGUUGUGACCUGUUUAGUAAGAAAGGGUUUCUCUAAAGGUCAACAGGACACGGGACAAAAUUGCUUCCCUUAAAGCUCAGAGGACAAAAAAGUCCUAAACUGCUUUAACAACAUUACAAAGUGCUCAGUGGACUUCACUCCUAAAGACAAAAAAAAGCUUUUUUUAAUAAAAGAAGCUGAUGUGAGGCAUUUAAAGGGUUAAAAUAAUUUAAAUAAUUACAUGUGUAAGUUUUGGUUAAGACUGAAGUUGAUGUUUUUGGGAAAGAACAAUUUAGUCCUCUAUUGAAAAGGUGAGAAACUGAAGCGAAGCAACAAGGAUUAAAGAUCAACAAAUAGUUUCUGAAGCUUUUUCUUUGGCCCGUGUUAUAACGCAAACAGAAAUGGGAUCAUGGGACUGGAAUAACUGUGCAUGGAAUCACUUCCUGACCGGUAAACUGUUGAACAUCGUGUAGCUACAAUCAUGCAGAAACUCAUGACCUUAGCGGUUUUAUGUCCUUCAGCGUGAUUCCUGGAAGCUCCCGACUUACUGUAGCAAAGGUUUACAAUCAGAACACGUCAUCGGACCGGAUUAUAAGUGAUCCAAUUUGAUGGAAUUCUAAAAUAAAACCCUGCUGGUGGCUCUCUGCUUGGCAAACCAUCACUCUUUAAACAAACAGCAUCUUCCAAACAAACCGUUAAUCUGUUCAUUUGUAAUCACUAAUGAACAUUUUAAGCACGUUCAGAUUCUUCACUGUUUUUUAGGGUUUCUUUUAGCACCGAGUUGUCAGAAUGCCUCCAUCCUAACUCUACAUUGCCUCCACGUGCCUUAGAUCUCGCAAAGAAGGAGCCGAGCCUCUGUUGCUUGGAUGCAGUUACCAUAGAAACGGAUCCAGUGUCUGUAGAUACCUGUAUCAUCUCCAAGUGCCUGUUACCUGUGCCGACAUCUGUUCCACAUGUGGUUAGAGGGGCAAACACUGAGCUGUAAAGAUAAAUGUUGCUUCAUGUGUGAAAAUGUUAAAAAUAAACAGUAUAAACAAA